UCUUACAGUACUGCACACUAAAUAUUCCUCUCAAAAUGUAUCAAAAUUGCAAGGCUUUAAAAGACAACAUAUAUUGCCAUGCAUAAUUCCGAAAUUAUAUUUAAAAUAUUUUUAGGGUGGACUCAUAAUUGCACAAGUAUGGCAAAAUAUUGAACUAAAAAGAAAUUUAGCAUAGAGUAUUAAAUAAUGGUAUUUACAUAUUUUUUAUUAUUUAUAAAUAAAGGUAACAAAAAGUGAGUCAUACAAUAGUUUGCUCACUCGUUGAAAGUGGUUGAACUCAUCGAUCUCAUUCCUGAACGCUUUUAUUUCGAAAGCCGUGUUUCUUUUUCCGUUUUACCUUAUACAUUCCGCCCUGCAGCGCCACCUGCAGGUUGACGUCAUUCUCCCGUUCCAAUUGCCGUAUUGUGGAGGUCUGUCUCGCUGGGAGAUCAGGGGAGAUUUGGAACCGAGGGGAUCGGGCAGUACAGGAUCAUUAAGCGUGAGGGUGAAAUUUAAAAAAAAAUAUUUUUUUUUUUAAAUGAGAGACGCUCGCGUGAGCAAUGCAGUGUGUGCAAUGGGACAAAGUCAUAUGCUGUUGGCGCCUCUCUUUAUCGCCAUGAAGGCAGCAGCUUCAUGUUACCGCGACUUGCUUUCCAUUCGCAUUCUGCAGCCAGGACCGUCCAAGUUAAACGUUUGAAGGGUGUCUGUCUGCCCUCUUCUGACAGUCCCUGACAUUUCUACGUAGACAUGAGAGGCUGCAGGAGAUGGUGAUGGAGCUCCAAAAGUUGAGCUGGCUGGCUCUGGUGGGGCUUUUCCUGGCCUCCUUACUCAUCGUGCUGGUCUGGCUCUUCCAGUUCUCGCUGAGCCUCCUGCAGCAGUGGAGAACCAGGAAAGCGGCCGAGCAUCAACACCGUCAGCUGCGUCCCUCCCUCGGGCAGCAUCGUCAUCACGGCUUGGCCGCAGGUGCGUGGGGCUUCCUGCUCAAGUUGCGCCCGGCUCGGGAUGCAGGAGCCGAGUCGGAAGUCGGGGUUAAAGCCUUGUUGACCUCCCUCUUCUCCUUCAAGUCGUUCAGCGAGCAGUGUCGGAGGAGCUGGGUCAAAGCUCUGAAUGAGCAAGCUUGCAGGAAUGGGAGCUCCAUCCAAAUCACUUUUGACAGCAGAGUCCAGUUUAUUGCCGUCCCCGCAAUCGAGAGCGUGACCUGCGCUGACCAGUCUGCACACAGAACGGUUUUACAUUGUAAAUGUCGGGUGGACACGGUGGCAUUUCCUGUGACGGUUACUCAGCAGUCCCCCGCUGCCGUCGCCAUGGACACCUAUCAGAUUACAAUCGCACCGACAGUGGCAAAGGUGGUCGUAAGUCUGGAGGACGCGGAGGACGAAGGACUCUUGGUGUCGUGGACUCUUUCCAAGCAGCCAUCGUUGAAAUUGACCGCGUCGCCGUGCAAACUGCCGAGACAUGGCCCGGAUGACAAGGGAGACUUGGAUGUGAUCAAGAGCCUUAUUGAGGACACUCUCUUCAGCUCUCAUCCGGCCAUGAUGCUCAACCUCAGGGCUUGCACAACGACAUCUCCAGUCCCCGUGGAGCAGCUAUCGCUAGGAUUAAAGCCUGUACCCCAGAGUGUCUUUGUGCAGCGACUACUUCUACGGCAGCUCAGGGUGACCUUAAGUAAAGGCUGGUGUAGCUCAGUGGAGCUGUGCUGCGUCCUCAGCCUCAACCACCCCUCUUCAGAAAGGACAACCUCCUUUCUGCCUGUGCCCCACAACCCAAAGACCCCAGUGGAAUGGCGAGAAGAAAUUACCCUGGAGCUGAGCCCAGAAACCAAAGAGCUGAGAGCGAGACUUCUGGAGCGGAAUGGCAGAAGCGAGCAAUUCCUUCCCGGGCAUGCCUCCUUUGCCUUGGACCUCCAGUCCAAAGUUCCUACCUCUGUCCUACUCACAAUAAGCCCGAGCCACUCCUUGGAGCCUAUCGCCACCAUUACAGCAGAACUGCUCUAUGUGGAAACGGAGGAACUCCGCCCACCACCGCGCUCCUCACUCACCCCCACCAAAAAAGUCGACGUGGACCGAACCAUCAUGCCGGACGGAACCAUCGUCACCACUGUAACGACGGUCCAAUCCAGACUGAAAUUGCAGCGCAGUCCAGGUGAUUCUCCUUUGCGUUCGCCGGCCAAAGUGGAGGUGACAGAGAAGAAGCCCACCGUUCUCUCUGAUGGAAGAGGCACCCCGAACCCUGAUCCCAGCAAGGCCAGCCGCUUAUCUAAUGGCUUGGAUCCUGUUGCAGAAACAGCCAUUCGUCAACUGACUGACUCCAAAGUGGCUCGAAAGACUCCGACAAAGAGAAGCACACUGAUCAUCUCGGGCGUGUCAAAGGUUCCACUGUGUCAAGAUGACUGCACGCUGUCAAGCGGCUACGCCGCAGCAAUGGACGCGGCCAUGCAAAGCAACCAUUUUGGGGCGCGGCACCACCAAGAGCCGGAUGAAACCACACCUUCUGAUGUGUCAGAGCGUCCCUCUGUGGAUGAUGUGGAAUCAGACACUGGCUCCACUGGUGCUUUCGAAACACGCAGCCUCAAGGACCAUAAAGUGGGAUUCCUGCAGAGCGGAUCAAAGCUGUUGUUCCGCAAAAGACAUCGUGAGAAGGAGCCCUGCCUCAGCCAGUCCCACGAGGACGUCUCCAAAAUGGGCAACAACUUCACCGCGGCAGCGGACAGCGGUCGAAAGAAGUCCGCUAGCUUCUCGCGACGUCUCAUCAAGCGCUUCUCUUUCCGCUCAUCGGGGAAAUGGAAAGGCAAAGGCACAAGCACCAACGGAGGGGCGGGCUCAGCCAAUAACUGAUCCUUUCUGCUUGCAUCCCAGUCAGCUGUCUGAGCACAAGACUAUUCCAUCCCAGUCUGAUGGAUGACACCUCUGCAAGUGCUUUGGGGAGGGGAGAAAUUUUGCUGCUUCAGGACAAAACUGGUUCUGUAUCAAAUGGCUCUAGCUGAAAUAGGAUUGCAUAUUUUGUUUUGAGGGUAAUUUUUUUUCAGGAUGGGACAACGGAACAGCUGCAAUGAAUUUGGGGUUUAUUUUUGAUUGACUGAUGUCGGGAGUUCUUGAAAUGAUUUUAAGAAUGCCAGAAGAAUGGCAUUGGUGCACUUUGGAAUUGACAUUUUUUUUACAUUCUAUAUAACACGUACAAUAUCUGUAUGAAGGUAAUUUAUGAUUAUGUGAAGUGCUAUUUAUUUUAUCCAUAUCACGGGUUGUCUUUGUUGCGUUACACUGUCAAAUAGAGAAAUUGCUGUGAUUUUUCAAAGCAAAUGUUAUUUUAACAUCAAGUUGAAUUCCAUGUUCAUAGAAAAUUUGCCGUAUUUGCUUCUACAUUAAAUUAAGAAAUUGUUCAAUGUAGGUUUUAAAAUAAGCAGGAAAUUGUUGUAUAUUGUACUUUUUUGACAACGUAAUUGCUCUUAAAUGAUCUUCGGUUUGCCCAAAUGUUUCCGUAAGAGGCAAGAAAGCAGACUUAUGUUGCCAAUAAUUCACACUUAUUGAAAAAAAUGAUUUUUUAAAAAUGUAAUUUCCAGGACUAUUUUUCAACAACAAAAUUCCUAUUAGAGUACAGUGAUAUGAUGUAUACAAUGUGCUUUAAGAAACUAGGAUCAACCUUAAUCGCUGUUUAAGACAAAUUAGCCUGGCUGGAAUGUGAAACCCGAAGUGGAGGCAGUAACAUGUGGCAUGUGUGAUUUCUGACUUUAUUUUGAUAUGUUUUAAUUUAUUUCAAAUAAAUUAUUGAAAAGCUU